GUUUGAGUGCUGGGAGCUGAAACGCGAAAGGGAUCCGCUCUCCGUGAAUCAUUGUUUUUUUUUUUUUUAGAGUGUCUUGUAAAUGAUGCACAUUCUCUAUCCUGAAAAUGUAUAGCACUUUGAAAAACUGGAAGAAGGCGUUUGCAGAUUUCGUCCCGCAUAUAGAGUUGACCUGUGCGGUAGUGACUGUGAUCGUGCUGUCAUGUGUUUUUAGUGUAAUACCGUAUUACUUUGAUAUUUCAGCUCACUUUUUCAGUCUGGAGUCCAGUGCUGUCAUCAGCGGCCAUGUCUACAAACUCUUCACCUAUUUCCUCUAUCACAAGAAUAUGAUGCUUUUGUUCCUGAGUGCCGUCCUGAUGGGGCUUCCCUGUAGCGGGCUGGAGCGAGGGAUCGGAUCGGUCAGAUUCCUCUACCAGUCACUGCUGCUGUCCUCCAUCAGUGGACUCCUUCAUGUGCUGCUGGAAUCACUGCUCUUCUCCCCAUCCAAUAGGAGCUCAGUAAAAGGGCUCGUCCCAUUAACUCUGUCUGUCCUGGGAAUGAUGACCAUCAAUUCUGCUAUGAGGAAGGCGUAUAUAAUGGGUGUCAGUGUGCCUACUGCAUCUCUCCCCUGGAUAAUUCUAAUAAUUAUAACCCUGUUCUUUCCAAACACUGUCUUCCUUUGCAAUGUCCUGGCCAUUGUUACUGGGAUUUUAUAUGGAAAUGGGUGGUUUUCAUUAUUAGAGAUGUCCGAAUCUAGAGCUUCUGUCUUGGAGAAGAAGUUCCCUUUUUGCUUGCUAAAGCAAAUACCUGGUGUCCAAUUCAUCCCUGCAUCGACCGAAGAGCGCAAAAAGCCACUUGACCUCACAGACGCUCCACCAGGGUCGUACCCUGUCCAGGCCUACGCUCCAGUGAAUGCUGCUAAUGGUCAAGUUACAGGACGUCUUCCCAACACAUUCGAUGGUUGGCCGGUUUUACUGUAUCCUCAACAGCAAUACUCAUUUACUUUGCCUUACGCUGGAGUCGGCAUUGGUCACAAUCACAGUCAUGGUCACGGUCACGAUCACAGUCAUAGUCAUGGUCACAGCCAUCACACCGGCAGCCCGUGGAUGCCCAUGUCCCCAUACACUCAGCAUCAUUUCAGGCCUCCAGUUAACCUGACAGGGCAGCCCUUCACUAAACUACCUCAGCCAGGAGUACCAUUCACACCUCUGAUCUCACAGCCAAACUCUGGAGUCCCUGCCUUUCCCACAACUCCUCCAGAAGCCUCUGUGCCUUUGUCAUCCUAGAGAUUUGAUGGCUAAUCUGCAGGGAUUUUUUUUUUUUUGUUCAUUCUUCUGAUACCUCAUGUCUUGUUCCUAGAAUUCAAACUGCUCCAGAUGUGUAAUUUUGCAUCCUGGGUAACGUUUAACAUGUCUUUAAUUUUAUACAGUUGCUGUUUUGCUACAGAACAUUUUGUACCUUAAAUUAAAAACUGAAUUGAGUGAAA